AUGCACCAAGCACAGAUCCUCAAGUAUUCUGAGAACAGUCGGACGCUACAGAACUGUCCCUUGAUAUUCGCAGGUGCUAUUCCAGAACUACUGUUUACGCUGUUGAGAGGAGGCUCUCUGUGUAUUCCAAAACAAGAAGACCGCGUCAAGGAUCUGUCCGCCGGCGUAAGGCAUUUUCAGAGCAACAUACUCAUAAUAUCUUCUUCGUCCGCAGCAAUACAAGAUCCGACCAAGUUCGAGCCAAGGCAGACGUUGCUCAUGGGCUCUGAGCCACUUCCUGCUCAUACCGCUCGGAAGUGGACUGCUCUUCAUGACAACAAUAACGGAUACGGAUCGACCGAGACCAAUACUGUGGCUACUUGCUUCCCGUGCAACACUGCGGUGGCGCAUCAAUCAGUGGGCGCCGGAGCAGCCCAUCAAUACUGGGUCGGGGACGCACUCAACUAUGACCGUUUAGUGCCGCCAGGAUGGCUCGGCGAAGUUGUAGUCGAGGGCUAUGCUUUAGCUUCAUGUUACCUGAACAACGAUGCCGCCUCGCUUAGAGCAUUCCUGAAAAGCCCUGAGUGGUACACAGCGAUGGGUAUCACACGAAAACACCCGACUCGAUUCUUCCGAUCUGGGGAUUUGGGCAGGAUUGCAAUUGAUGGCACACUGGAAGUUCCCGGACGGACAGACCCUCUGCAGGUCAAGCUUCGACUAGAGCUUGGCGAGAUUGAGGCAGUCACGUUGAGUGGUCUGUCAAAGCCCUCUCCCUUGGUCGCAGAGCUCAUCCUGCCAAAGGGGUCGGAUCGACCGAGCAUCGCAAUAUUCCUGGUUGCACCCGAUGUCAUCCAGGACAUCGAUGCUGGAAUGCUCGUAGAGCACGUUUCACUAUCGUCUUCACAGAAAUCCUCCUGGUACGAUACAUGGCGCUAUGCAGGAAGCACAGAGAGUGUCUUCGCGACUCAAGAUCAGACAGUCCACCAAUUCCUCAGGAAGCGUGUGACCAAGCUGUACUCGAUGAGCUCGCUACUAGCUAUGGAGAACCUUAUCGACAAUGUUCUCGAACUGAGCAUUCACCAACUCCAUUCUCGUGCUAGCAGAUCCGAGAUGAUCAGAUUAAAAGACUGGACGAUGUUCUUCGCCUACGAAGUCGUUAGCACACUGGCAUUGGGUCACACCACCGGCUUUCUGCAACGAGAUUUUGAGGCUAUCAGCGUCUGGAUUGAUGGCGCUAUAGCAGAACGGUGCCGUACGCACCAAGACAGCGGAGAGAAGCCGGACUUCCUGCAGUAUUUCUUGGCCAUAUUAGACGCCAAUGGUGACGCAGCCAGUGAUGAAAAAGUGGCUUCCGAGAUUGGCAAUGUCUUAGGAGCCGGCGCAGAUACCACUGCGACUUCCCUCAUGGCCACAUUGAAGUACCUGAUCGAGAGCCCAGACGAUUACCGUCGAGUACAGCAAGAAGUCGAUGAUGAGCAUCGCCAACUUAAUCUGGGCACGGAUCAAGCAAUCCUGUACGUGGAGCUAUCGAAGUUGCCAUUGCUCUCGGCGGUCAUCAAGGAGACUCUGCGGUUGCAUCCCGCCAUCGUAUACCAGCUACCUCGUGUGUGUCCUGCCGCAAGUACCACGAUCGGGUCUUAUGUUAUUCCGGCAGGCGUCAACAUCAGCAUGAGUGCAGCAGCAGUCAACCGUUUUUGUGAUGCUUUUGGCCCGGACGCUGAUUCAUGGAGACCAGCGAGGUGGCUGGAGAAAGAGUCCCAGAUGUUGGAUGCGUGUGUCAUGACUUUUGGAAAAGGCAGUCGCAGUUGUCUAGGCAAGAACCUGGCACUGUUAGAGAUGUACAAAUGCGUUGCUUCCUUCGUGCGAAACUUCGACAUCGAGCUCACGCGUGAGGAAGAGAGGAUCCAGAGCUAUUGA